CGUUGUCGGAUGCGAAGCGGCAUCUUUUACGUGCGAAUCCUCCUACGCUCUCGGUUAGAACGUUCGCAGUCAGAAAGGAUUCAAUUAUGAUAAUGACGUCAGAUUCGGUUGAAAAUCUUUUAGGCUUCGUACUUUGACAGUGAUAUGAGAUAUGUGAAUUGAAUUCUUCGUUGCGUUAUGACCAAGAAGAUUUAAAUUUUGUCAUUUUCGAGGUGAUCAGGCGCAACAAUUUUAUUGUUUAAGGUGCUCCUGGUCGGGGCUGCUUCGAAGUAGUGGGUAUCAGACCAAAGUCUCUCGUGUUUACAUCUCCAGUUCCUCCAAGAAGCAUCCAUUCCUUUAAUCUGUUCACUUUAUAAAGAAGAUUGAUGAUCAAACGAAUACGGCCAGAGCCCAAUAGUGGAUAUUUGAUACAUUUUGGUGUCCUCGCGAUGAUGUCCUGCAGACUCACUUCCACAGAAAACACGAGGCUCGUGGUGAAGUAAUUAUUAACGAAACAGUCGGUCAGGUGGUGAUUAUCGCUAGUUUUAAUGAAGCCGUAAUUAUUUGUUUAUGUGCAGUGUUCAUGCCAGAAUGUGUAAAUGGUUGUGAUUAAUUAAAUUUAAUAGAGUGUUUGAUGGUGUAAUUAUAUUCCUUAUUCAUUGGUGGGAGUAAUUGAAUUUGUAGUGGUUCGUGGUGAAAAUUAGCCGAGAAAAUUACAUGACGGGAUCUGGUAGGGAUUAAGUGGAGGCAGAUACAGUGAAGGUUUGCAGCUUUAUCAGCUAGGGAUUAUCUAAAUCUUCUUGGAACUAAGAAAGGAUUGCAGAGGAAGGUUUAGGUCACACAGAGAAAUCAAAGCAGCUCAAGAUCAGACCAUACAAGCAGCAAGGAACUGCCGUUUAACUGCGGGUUUGAAAAUCGGACCGCCAUACAAAAAGUGAUUUGAUUUUCGUUUGAUGACGACAAGAUGAUGGAUUCGAACAGCUUGAGCGCAACCACUCGAACCACUGGUAGAUAGUUAUGUUCCAUUCAAAAUGAUAAUCGAUCCAACAUGAUAGUUUGGGACCCGACGAAUGGGCCACGUGAGCCCAAAUAUUCAUCAGGUCCUUACCAAUGGCUGCGAACAUCCUUCCUAAUAUCGUGUCUGCUGCUCCCCACGACAACAAGCAUGGAGAAAUCCUUUGAUGUUAACCGAAACCGAAUCGACAAAUCGAAAUUUCAUGAGAGCCUUCAACCAGGACAUCAGCAACAAAACACAAAAGCUGGAGCGGUCGGUGCGGUAGCAGGCGCUGCUGCCGAAUCCAACAUUCAAUGUCCCAGUUUCUCGGAUAGUUCGGCAUGUCCUUGCUAUAAGUUCGAGGAUGGACUUUUUCUCGAAUGUCCCGGGACAACAUCCGUUUCGCUUCGAACAACAUUGCAAACGAUAUCCUCGCCAAUACAAUCGUUGUCGAUAUACGAUUUUGAUCGUUCAGUCACGUCUCUGUCGCAGGAUGUCUUCCAGCCCGGUGUUAACAUUCGACAUCUACAAUUCUCGCAUUCGCAUCUGGAGACGUUGAAGGAUAAUAGUCUGAAAAAUAUUCGCACUACGUUAGAAUCGCUGAGUAUUGUCAAUGGGAAAUUGUCACAGAUUCCAACUAAGGCACUUUCUGGGAUGCAAAAGUUAAUGGCUCUCGAUUUCGACUCGAAUGAAAUUCAUGAUAUGCAGGACUACAGUUUCUUCGGAUUACGCUUGGUCAAGUUGAAUAUGAAAGGUAACCGAUUAGAACGUAUUCCCGAGAAGGCUUUUGCCGGUCUGGAUGACUCCAUGGCGGAAAUCGAUAUAUCGGAGAAUCGAUUAAAGGCAUUUCCGAUGGCGGCGCUCAAACGACUGGCUCACUUGCGGACGCUGAAGCUAUCGCUGAACCAGAUAUCCACAUUGUAUAGUACCAGUAGUAGUAGUAGCAGUAGCACCAGCGGUACCAGCAUUAACAAUAAUAUCGGGGAGGGGAAUGAGUCCUCAAUAGAUAGACUCCCAUCUUUAGUAUUCCUAGAUUUAAGCUCCAAUCGAUUCGAAGAGAUUAGCGACGAGGCAUUCCGGCCGUUUCCGCAAUUAAAAACGCUGUCCUUGUAUUCAAAUCAAAUCGGAACCAUUCAUCGGAACUCAUUUCGCUCCCUCAAAGAGUUGAUGUCGCUCGAUAUGAGUCACAAUCGAAUCAUCUUCCUCGACUCAGGAAUCUUCGAGGCGAACAAGCGGUUACAAACCGUCGAUAUUAGUCAUAAUCAUAUCCACUCAGUGAGUGGAGUUUUUGCAAAUCUGCCGCAACUGAGAGAGGUUUUCCUGUCAGAGAAUAAUAUCCUGGAAUUGCCAAGCGAUGCAUUCACGAACUCAACCAACAUCGAUGUCAUCUAUUUGGAAUCAAAUGCCAUUCGACAUGUCGAUCCGAAUGUGUUUAACACGUUAGCGAAUCUGGAGCAAUUAUACAUGAGCUCAAACUUUAUACCUCAGAUUCCUGUUACCAUGCUCGAUAAGACAUUGAUGCUGACAUCGCUAUCCUUGGAUGGGAAUAACAUCCAAGACCUGGAAAUAGGAAUGUUCAGAAAAUUAGAACAUCUUCGAGAAAUCCGGUUGCACAAUAAUAGGAUACGUCGUAUAAGAAAGGGUGUCUUUCACCCCCUCCCCAGCCUACUGGAGCUCCACAUCCAAAAGAACAUGAUAGAGGAAAUUGAGGAAGCGUCAUUCGCUAGUCUCAGCAAUUUACAACAUGUUAAUCUCCAGGAAAAUCAUCUCGUCUCCAUCGAAGACGUCUUCCUCAGCAACAACCGGAGUGCGACAAGAGCAUCGCCAUCAUCCCUGCUCUCCAUUCAAUUGGAUGCGAAUCGUUUGAGUAAAUUGCACAUACGUGCUUUUUCGGGACAGGAUAACAUACAAAUCAUGUGGCUGAGUGAGAAUCAAUUAACUCGAAUUGAGCGGUCCUUGUUCAAGGAUCUCAAGCAACUGGAACGAGUCUAUUUGUCUAACAAUCAGAUAAAAGAAAUUGAAGCUGGCGCUUUCGUAACCGUCAAGCAGCUCAGGUUCCUUGAACUGAGUGGCAAUCGACUGAAAUCCAUACGCAAGGAUAACUUCGAACCAUUGAAGGAGCUCGAAGAAUUGAAUUUGGCAAACAAUUUUAUUGACUUUAUAGAAGGGUUUUCAUUUCGUCCUUUGAAAAAGUUGAAAACUCUGGAUCUGUCCGGGAAUCCGCUAAUUCAAAUCAACAGAGACAUGUUCCAGGAGGAGCUGCUUCUCGUCAGUCUGAAUCUUAGGAACUGUUCGUUGCGAAAAAUAGAUGUAAAUAGCUUUCGGGGGUUGGCGAACUUGAAUGAACUCAAUUUCGAGGAUAAUUCGCUGAGUCCUGGUGAUAUUCAAAAAUUAGACGUUCCUAGCUUGAGAACUUUGAAACUAUCUAAUAAUAACUUUAGUCACAUCGGAACGCCUGGGGUGACGCUCGGAAUGUUCGACAAGCUGAGAUCCUUACAGCAUUUAACCCUAGCCAAUUGUAGCCUGCAGAGUCUGCCGGACCAACUGUUCUCCAAAAAUACGAACCUGGUGCGAUUGGACUUGAGCGACAACCAUCUCAGUCAAAUGAAUCGAAACGUUUUCAAUGGCUUGAAUGUGUUCAAGGAGUUGAAGGUAUGCCGCAAUGAAUUAACCGAUUUUCCAUAUAUUGCCCUGUAUAACUUGACUACGUUGGAGAUUCUAACACUGUCCGGGAAUCAACUGUCGAGCAUCGACUUCUUCAAGCUGAAUGGUCUACCUAAUAUACGAAACCUUAAUCUUAAGGAUAAUAAGAUUACAUCUUUAAGUGGCUUUAAUUCUGUGAAUUUAACCCAGCUUGACUUCAUUGACCUGAGUGAAAAUCUACUCCUUUCACUUCCUGCUAAUUUUCUACAGCAUUCAAUCAACUUGCAAAGAGUCGAUUUGUCCUUGAAUCGUUUCCUGCAAAUGCCAAGCGCAGCUUUGUCGGAUGCAUCCUUGCCUCGCCUAUCAUGGCUUAACUUAACCGGAAAUCCAAUAAAUGGGAUAUUUACGGUGAAGGAGGAACACUAUCCAUUCCUAAAGGAACUAUACAUAUGUCGGACAAACCUUAGUAUCCUCACCAGCAAGGACUUCGAAGCGUUCCAAGCACUUCAGCAUUUGCACCUGAUUCGAAAUCGAAUAACACGAAUCUCGCCGGGAGCAUUUCUGAAACUUUCAAACCUGUUAACCCUCGACCUGAGCAUCAACGAACUCGAGACGGUACCAAAAGAACGUCUACAAGGACUACGACUACUUCGCACCCUAAACGUCUCCCAUAACAGUCUAAAGGAUUUGGAGCAAUUCAGCUCGGAUCUGGUGAGCUUGGAGAUUUUCGAUUUGUCUUUCAAUCAGCUGGAUCGCAUCGGGAAAAAUACGUUUCGGCAUCUAAGUGGACUACAAGAGCUGUAUCUGAUGGGCAACAGGAUGACCACAGUGUCGACGGACGCCUUCAAAUAUCUGCGGAAACUGCAAACUCUUGACUUGAGGAAGAACUAUUUUGAAAGUGUUCCGUUGAGAGCCCUCAAGCCCCUCGAGACGAACAUCAGAAUGUUAAGGAUAGAAGAUAAUCCUCUGCAUUGUAGCUGCGAUUCACAGGAGUUAUGGGAAUGGUUACGGGAUCAUCAAAAAUGGAUGAGCGAGAAUAAUAGCAAUUACUUGAGGUGCGAACAGCCAGGUGAACUGCGCGGCAAAGUGUUUUCGAAAAUGGAACCCCAACAAUUUUGCGACGCUCCAUUAAUUCUCAAACUGGCCAUCCAGGAUAUCCAACCGUAUUCGGUGGUGGUGUCGUGGCAAAGUCGAGAGCACUCAGGACUAAAUGGCUAUGAAAUUGUCUACCACUCGUUGGAUGGUGUUGAUGAGGUGCGCGGGAAAAGGCUUAAUGGAUCAAUAAAUUCAGCGAAGCUCCUGAAGUUGGCAUCAAACACGAAAUAUCUCAUCUGCGUCCUUGGUCUAGGCAAUUGGGUUACCCUAAAAGGAAUGACGGCUAUCAAUCAAUUAAACAUAAAUUACUCUCUCUCCGUUCUGAAUGACGUGGGCGACAACAUCAACAACAACAUUCUGCCCGAAGGACUUCAGGAGAUGCUAACGGAUACGUCAACUUCACGUUGUACAGAAGUUACCACAUUGGACGUACCCAGCCAAAUGCCGGAUGAGAACGGUCUCUCCAGCGAGGGAUUCAUCCAUUCGAUCCUGACUCGUCGUCUAGGACUCAUAGUGGGUUGUUGCCUAGGUAUUAUUGUUUUUAUUGUUUUGGUUUCGGUACUAGGAUAUCUUAAGUUGAAGAAACAACGAAUCGAGAAUUCGAAGCGACAACACCAACCGAUGCCUCCGGACUAUAUCUCGUAUAGGCAUUUCUCGAUUCCCGGUGAGGCUGAACCGAAUAGAAAUGUGAUAACGACCGGUAUGACCGGGGUCAUCGGUUCCAACUCAGUGCUACCGACCAUUGUCGGCAACAGCCAUGACAGUAACCAUAUAACCCAUACCCAGAGUUAUAUGUCGGGUGUUGUCCUUGGAACUACCACGUUGAGCACUUGUUAGUAUAGUGAAGGACAUUCGUUUUCAAUUAAGAUAAAAAUAGAGCAAAACUAGCGUGUAAUGGUAUAAAUAAUAAAAAUUAUGGUAAACUAAUUGGAGGUCUUUUGUAGAAAGAGAAUUUUAAAUUAUCGUUGCAGUUAAGGCAUUGAGUUUUGGUUAUAGACUUACACUUAUACAUAGGAUCACAAAUAGCUAUAUAUUUUACUGAGGAUAAAUACUAGCACGUAUUUAUGUUGUUAAGAAAGUGCUAGAAAUACGGACGUUCUUCCUAUGGAUUAGUAUGACUGUAAAAUGUAUCUUUACCUUUAAAGUGCCCUUUGGUUGAACUUUUAGGUUAAAUUUUUCAAAUGGAACAAUGCAAUGCUGCGCCAAGGCUCUGAAAUGAAUAUUGAAGACUGUAAAAAUGACCAACUUAUUUCAUGAUUUUAGUUUGCUAGUCAAUACACACAAAUAAAUAUCUAAUCAUAUAUUCCACAUAUAAUAUUUUAAUCCUUUCAACAUAUAUAGUUUUCUGGCACCUUAAAAUACUUUUAACUUAUUUGUAGAAAAGCUAAUAUUCAGCGUAUAUAUUAUUACUGUUAUCUCUAAAAAGCCCAGAAAGAUAUCUUUUCCCAUUUACAGUUUAUUUAGGCACAUAUCUCAAACUAGGCGUCUCUACGUGUUUGCUUAUCUAUGUGAAUGUCCACUCAAAAAUCUUUACUCCGCAGGAAAGGAUCAAAAGUAGAAACAAGAAAACGUCUAUCAGCGCAUUUCACUUGACAUGGAAGUACCUCAGGAAACAGGUUUAGGGCCAAUCUAGCAAUUCUGCUACCUUUCAGUGCCCGCACUCAUCUUUAGUUCGUUUUAUAUAUCAUAAAAUAGUUUUGGAUGUAUAUUUCGUCACCCAGCACCUUUCUUGUAAGGAUAUUGUGUGAAGGGUCUUCCGAUGGUAUAAACCUGUUUCCAACUGUUUAUGCAUUCCGACUUUCCAAUCGCUAAAUCCGAAUUUUUAUAUGAGCUUUAUUUUUCCUAUAUAUUCCACACGCGCUUAACCGGAUCCAUCAUCAUCAUCAACAACCGGUAUCCGGUCUAGGCCUGCCUUAAUAAGGAACUCCAGACAUCCCGGUUUUGCGCCGAGGU